UCCAUACGUUCCCUGUAGCCUCGUUGUGCAUGAUGGAAGAACCAAUACCAGAGGAUACCUUGCAGAGCCCAUCAUCCCCAAAAAUGGAUGAUAAAAAGCCAGUGGACAGUUUGCAGAGCCCAUCAUCUCCAAAAAUGGUUGAAAAAAUGCCUGAGGUUACCUCACCCACCACACCAACCUCUCAAGUUGAAGGUUCAGUUUCAGAUCUCACAGUUGAGCAAAAUGUGCCAGAGGAAGAAGUUUCACAGACGUUACUGGCUCCAAAAGAUGAAGAAAUUGAUAUGGAUGUCACAAAUCAAAUGGAGAGCCUAAACGUUGAGCCUGGUCAAUUGGACGCUUCAACACAACUCGCUCAGACAGAAAAAUGUCAAGACAAAGAAAUGCAGAUGACAGAAAAUCAACCGUCAACUGCCGUCUUAACUGAAGAACAGAACUCUGACUCAGAUGAAGAUUCAGACAGUGACAGCUCCUCUUCCUCCUCCUCUUCUUCCUCAUCUUCCUCCUCUUCUUCAUCUCCGUCUGUUCGAAUGCUGGAAGAAGAUGACGAUGAAGGCUUCAGUCAACCCGCCCCCAUCAGAAUACAAGGAGAGGUCCUGCUCGAGGAGUUGCCUGUGGCGGAAGUGGCGAGUGUGACUUUACCAGAGGACGCAGAGCUGCAGCCUGUAGGAGCAGUCUCCAAUAUUUUAAAUUCUCUAGUUGUGGUGCAGUCGUUCAAAGACAGUCCUGCCCUGAAUGAAGACAGCCUCCUCUUCACAUCUGAACGAGUCUCUGUGGGAAAGGUGUUUGAAGUGUUUGGCCCUGUGUGCAGUCCAUUUUACAUCGUGAGGUUUAACUCUGAGAAGCAGAUUCAUGACAGAGACAUCACUGUGGGGCUGACUCUGUUCUGCGCUCCAAAUAUAAAGGAAUAUACAGACUACAUCCUCACUCAGCAGCUCAGACUGGAAAAGGGAUCUGACGCAUCCUGGAAAAAUGAUGAGGAACCACCUGUAGAGGCUUUGGAUUACAGUGAUGACGAAAAGGAGCAAGAAGCCAAAAAGAAAGGAAGGAAGAAGAGGAACCACAACAGCUUAGAUAACACCACUUCUCAGAACAACCAGAAUCCCCACCAACAUCAGCCUGACACCAGGACUUUCCCUCCCAGACACCACCGUCCUCCCUUCAGGCACCAGAACCAGAGGAACCCUGCUUUUCGCCCGUCCAGACCCCCACCUACUCCUCCCCACCAUCACCGGCCCCCUCCUCCUCCACCGGGACAGCCCCACAUGUACCCGCCCCCUCCUUGCCCCUACCCCCCUCACGCUCCUCCCCCACACCUGCCUUCAAAUUUCCACAUGUACCCUCCGCCGCCCGCCUUCUUCAAUCCGGCCUUCGCUGCCCCCUUCUGGUCACCAAACGCCAUGUCUUACUUGGAUCUCCCUCCACCCCCUCCUCCUCCUCCGCCACAGUGAAUGUAGUUACUUUUUACUUAAAGGUGCAUUGUCAUUUUUUCUGGUGAGGGGUUCGCCACCUGCUUGUCUUUGUGACAAUGCCUUAUUUUGCCUAGAACGGCAUUUGACCUGUGUGUCUUACAUUUCUACA